CAGUUCAGCUGUGGUAGUGCUUCCGCGAUCAUCAGCAACGCAAAAGUACUCGGGAUUUUCCUUCGGAAUUCCUAUAAAAUAGAAUUGGGUGGUGUGUGUGUCGUGCGGGUAUGAGAUUUGAUCCACCAGAAACUGUUCUAAUAUACAUGACGCAUACACAUAGAUCCAGAAACAGUAGAGAUAGCACUUCUUCUUGCUGUUUGUUGCUGGACUUUACUUGUUACACUUUAUGUACAACUGCAGAAGAGGAAGUACCAAGUUGUUCCUCCGAGUGGAAAUCGGAUUAUGGACACCACGAAUUGCUAUCUCACACAGUUGAAUAAAGUCGACUCUCGACAAUAGCACAGUUUUAAUGUGACAGAAUAAGAAAUACGCUCGCGAAUUUUGUGCUGGACUUCACAUGUAAGACAUAUAUACGUACAGUCAGUAAGCUUUAGGUUUAUGUGGAUUUCCACUAUCCAGUCUCGUGCAAAUUGCAGGAUACGUGGUAAUAUUGAGAUAAUAAUGAAAGAGCUCAGAGUUCCGAGCAGAGCAUAUCGCGAAUAAGCCAAUUUUGUUACUGCACUGUCCUAGUGGAACAUAUAGCGUGGACAACCUCGGAAUAUGCUCAACUGCAUGAGAAUAAGAUUUAAGAAUGCAUUGCGGCUCUCUUUCCUCAGAGAACACGAAUUAUGUUCUCUUGUGUUAAUAACAGUUGCAGACCGCGUGUGUCGACCUUGAACUUGAUUUUGCCAUUACAGAAACGAGUAAAUAAUGCUGUGAUUACGUGAUCAAAAUUACUUGACCAACGGCAGGAACACAUCAUAAAUUUUAUGUUGUUUGUGAUGUAUUGCAAGUUGGAGAGUGCACACUUGCUCGUAACAUUUUCUGUGUGAAUCUGCAAACCAUGUAACUGCGAGAAAGUUGAGUUAAUAGUAAAUCAAGCAGUGCAGCAGGACUUUCCCUCGGUUAUAAAGCAUCCAAGACAAGGGAUGUUAUCUUCCGUACUCGAGAUAUCAUUUAGACGACUAGGAUAUAAAAAUAAUUCUCUUGGGCAAUCGCAAGCAGCCAACUAAAAUCCACUCUCCUUCUUCCUCGAUCUGUGACUUGGGACUCAACGAGUUUUUUCAGAGAAAGAAACUUUGCUGGUCGGUUUAAUAGUGGAGGAUUUUUUACUGAUUCUUGCCAAAGUUUGACUGCAACACCGGAAUCUAAUCAAAUAAACGUGGAUAUCAAUACAAUGGAUACACGAUACAUAUACAACUUCAUCCUAUAGCACUUGCUCACACACUUCGACUGCAUGAUAUCUACCAUUUGUACUACUCCUACUACUACAAAGCAGCAACUUUCUGGUUCCUUUUUCAUAGCCAGGUUGCUGCUGAUACCAUUGUGAUUUGAGGACUAGUUGCGGUUUAACGCAUUUUUCCUCUGCACCAGACUAUUUUCCUGUAAUUCAGUAAUUAUUUUUUUCAACAAUGUCCUUUGGACGAAAUUUACGGCGGUUCAUAGGCUAUGGCUCGGCCAUUGGGGGCGGCUACUUUGUCGCGACUUGGAUGAUGCAGGAACCAACUAGUGCAUGGGCUCCCGUCUCGAUGGACCUGAACCAUUUGAACGUUCGGCCUAAGCGACCACUUCCAACGAGAGCAGAACAGUUAAAGUCCCUCCAGUCGGACGAGUUUGACGUGUUGGUGAUUGGCGGGGGUGCGACGGGGAGCGGUUGUGCAUUAGACGCCACGACCCGAGGCCUUAAAACGGCACUGGUUGAGUUGGAUGAUUUUGCAUCUGGCACAAGCAGCCGAUCCACCAAAUUGAUCCAUGGCGGAGUCCGAUACCUCCAAAAAGCCAUUAUGGGGUUCGACAUUGAGCAGUAUCGCAUGGUAAAGGAAGCUUUGCAUGAACGAGCAAAUUUGCUUCAAAUUGCUCCACACCUGGCCUACCCACUUCCCAUUAUGCUUCCAGUUUAUAGAUGGUACCUCGUGCCCUAUUAUUGGGCAGGGAUUAAGGCCUAUGACUUUGUAGCAGGCGGAAAACGAGUCAAGCCGUCCUACUAUCUGUCAAAAGAGAGAGCCUUGGAGCUUUUUCCCAUGUUGCGGAAAGAUAAAUUGUGUGGAGCUUUGGUUUACUACGACGGUCAACAAAACGAUGCCAGGAUGAACUUGUCGAUUGCUCUAACUGCGACGCGUCUCGGAGCCACUAUUGCAAACCACGUGAAAGUAUUAGAUUUAGUCAAAGAACGGGAUGAGGAAGGAAUUCAGCGUAUUGUAGGUGCCAAGUUGCAUGACGAAAUUUCAGGAAAGGAGUUUAAUGUGCGAGCGAAGUGUGUCAUCAACGCGACGGGCCCAUUUACAGAUCAAAUCAGGAAAAUGGACGACCAAAAAGUGUCCGAUAUCUGCUGCCCCUCUUCAGGCGUGCAUAUUGUGCUUCCCGGCUAUUACAGCCCUGAAGAGAUGGGACUUCUUGAUCCCGAUACUUCCGACGGGAGAGUUAUUUUCUUCCUUCCGUGGCAGAAGCUCACAAUCGCAGGAACAACCGAUACCCCCUGCGACGUGACACGCAGUCCUGCCCCCACAGAAAAAGAUAUAUCUUUCAUCCUUCACGAAGUAAAACACUAUCUCAACCCUGACUUGGAAGUCCGUCGAGGCGACGUUUUGUCUGCUUGGAGUGGGAUUAGACCAUUGGUGAGUGACCCAAACAAACCAGAUACUCAAUCUCUGGCCCGAAAUCACAUUGUCCAUGUCAGCCCUGGUGGUUUAGUUACCAUCGCUGGUGGGAAAUGGACCACUUACAGGUCCAUGGCCGUCGAUGCAGUAGAUGCUGCAGUUCAAGCUUGCAAACUACAGCCAACCAGCCCCAGUCAAACGGAUGGACUUCUUCUCGAAGGUGCUCAUGGAUGGUCUCCCACUCUGUAUAUUCGUUUGGUCCAGGACAUGGGUCUAGAACCGGAAGUAGCGAAACAUUUGGCAAACACUUACGGGGAUCGAGCUUUCUCUGUGGCAAAAUUGUCUGCUCUCACUGGAAAACGAUAUCCAGUAGUUGGGAAGCGUCUUCAUACUGAAUUUCCUUAUGUGGACGCAGAGGUUCGCUAUGCCGUGAAAGAGUAUGCGGCAACUGCCGUCGACGUCAUUGCUAGAAGGACACGUUUGGCAUUUUUGAAUGCUCAGGCAUCCGUUGAAGCAUUGGACACGGUGGUUGAUAUCAUGGCAGAGGAGCUCAAAUGGUCACCUGCCGAGAAAAAAAGGCAACAAGACAUGGCGAUUGAAUUUAUCCAAACUGAGAUGGGGAUGGGAGUGAGCGAAAAGACUCGAGCGGAGGCCAUCACGGUUGAAUUGACUAAUUUGGAACGCGAAAUUUAUACAAAGCGGUUCCAAUCCAUAGAUCAAGAGAAGAAAGGAUUCAUCACCAUUAAUGACAUUCGCAGAAGUUUGAAGAAUCAAGGGGAAGAUGUGCCGGGUGAGGUACUGCAUUCUAUCCUAAAAGAGCUGGAUACGAAUCGGAAUGGUCAGGUUGAGAUCGAGGAAUACCUUGCUAUGAUGUCUGCUAUAAAAUCGGGUGCUGUUGUUAACUCAAGAUUUGCAAGAAUGGCAGAAAUGGAAGAGGAGAGACUGCGAUUGCUCAGAACAAAGAUAACCGUCGAUCGGUCUGGAGGAGGGCUUUAAAUAUUAUUAUCGUAAAAAUAUACACACCACACACAUGUACUUGUUGACAGUAAAAAUCAGUAGUCUUCUAAGAUUUUCUAGUCGUUUUUUGGAUAAAUCGUAGUCUACAGUUUGACGAAUUUAUUAUUAUUCAAGUUCCAAAGAGGGCAAAAAAAUGUGUACAGUUGCCGAACUAUUUUUCCUAUAGACUAAAAAUAUCAUGUUCUGAACUGUUCUCUCUGUAGUGUAAAGUAGCAAAAUUUCCAAACCAAAACUUCAUAGUGCUGCAAUAAGGAUUGACAAAUAACUGUUCAAUUAAAAAUCAGACUUACCAAAUUUAUGUACAUAAAUGCGUGAUUAAAGUGCAGGUGCAAUAUUAAUGUGAUUCGAUUAAAAAAUAUAUUACUUUUACGAGGCAUAGGAUUUCGUAAAAUCAAUCUCUCUGAACUUGGUUUUUGAGUCUGAAAUCUUGAUAUUACUUAUAUUAAAACAAUGCGAAACUAUUCUAACGAUAAUAAAAUUUCAGUCCCAUAUUUGUGAUACCUAUGAUUUAUCAACAAACAAAUUUUGUACCUUAUCAAUGAGCUAUGAUAAUUCUUGCCUCUAUGAUUACACAAGCGUUAUCCGUUCUGUUAGUUUACAUGUUUCCGAGUAUAAGCGAUAUUAUUAUAAUGUAACAAAUAACAAUCUUCACCAUAUUGAUGCUAUCUGGAUCUGGAGUUAUAUAGGUCAAGUUGUCUUGCUAAAUGUGUAGUAAGUAAAAAUUUCAGGUCGUAACUUCCUACCUCUUAAAUUAAUUAGAAAGAAAAACGAGUAGAUAGUUCUACUCCAGAUACAUGUUCACCGUACUCGUUUAAUUAUUACUAUAAACGUUUGUCUUGUCUGCGGAAAAACACUUAAUAAAUAUAAACUGUAUUGUUCCA